CUUCAUGAUCACGCGCAUGACACUCCAACAUCAAUUCUGAAUUAUCUCACGAGAGCGCCUCGACAAGACUCAGUGGAUCUCUCGGCGGCAUACUUGUCCAUCGAUUCACUCGAUAUAAAGAUCAUGCACGGAAUGCAGACUUCAUGACACCACAACACACCAAAGAUUGACUGGCAGGUCAAUGGCAACGCUGCUCGACUAUGGCGCUGGUCCAGAACACAAAUCCCAUAUGCAUCCGUUCUUCAGGAAAGCGUCCGUAAUCAACGAUCCCCCGUCCAACCGUCCGCCCUCUAGAACACUGGGAUUGGACGGCACGGUUGAAGACGGCUCUACGAACCACGAGGAAGACUCUGGCCAUGUCACACACACAGAGACAGCCGAGGCCACCCCCAUAGGGUCGUGGAGAGUGAAUGAAGAUGAUGGUGUUGAAUACAAAACAACCAGAAGAAAGAGACGAAGAGUCUCUGCCAGUCCAAAGCAUUUACCCACUGAGACAACGAAGACUUCAAACACAAACCACAUGACAUGGGCUGCCCAGCCUCAGUCUGCAGUACAGAUAUUUAAGGGGGUUGAGACAUACCGGGAUUGCGCUGAGGAUCAGACACUCGCAGGUCAACCUUCCUCGAGUGACAAAGACAGUGCCAGUCAACCGUCUCUACCGAUUUUGCCUGAAGAUGGUUCUUCUAGAUCGAGAAGGCUAAUUUCCCCUGUUCAGUCUCUUGAUGCUUCGUCACAUUCAGUUGACAUCGACCUUACAAUAUCCCCUGAUCCUCACCCUCGACCAACCGACGACACCGUGAAUGAUCAGUUAUCCAAGGAAAGCAAGCCUAACCUUACUCCCAAGGACAAAAUGUUGCGAACCGGUCACGGGAAGCUCAUCUUUUCACCGAAGAAAUCGCCAAAACGAGCGCCACGGACUGUUGCUGCUGAGACCAGUGACGCAGAUAAGACCACCAAUAGGUCUAAGAAACUGGAGAUGAAGAACGGGAGGCUGGUUUCUUCGUUGCGGGUUACGCUGUCCUACUCGGCAGCAGACUCCGGAGCGAAGAUCAACGACAUCUUGUCCAGCAAGUCCGAAGAGGGCGCCAUUCAAACCCCGGCACCUCAGGCAAAGGCUGCACGGGGAAAGCCUCUGGUGGGCAAGACAACCCACCCAUUCUUCCUGGGAAGAAUACCAGGAAAUACUCAAAAGCAGUCUGACCUAACAAGUGAAACCUCCUCCAUUGCAGCAGCCUCCGAGGAUGAGAUCACCUCAAGAUCUAAGGCACCAAAACCCUGGAAAGAUAUUAUCUUUGAAUCUAAGAGGACGUUCCAGAACAAAAAUGCGCCUGCGCUGCCUCCCGUCUGGCCUCCGACCAACAUCCAACAUGUACGGCCGACUCAGAUCCCAAGUAAUUCAGGAGUUGGGACACUCCCCUUAUCACGACCUAAGUUCAAACAACAUGCUUUGCGUGUCAAUGCAGAUGAAGAUGUACUUUGGAACUAUUCUCAGCACUUGAAGCAGGAAGUCGAUAAUUCUCUCGUUCGCACACCAGAGCGACGGAUCAUGAGCGGCAAAGAACUCGCAAGACUGACAGAAACACUAUACGGGAUAGAUGAUCAAUCGCUUUGUCAACCAGCUUCGAUUACACGUCUAGAAGCAAUCAUCGAAUCGUCUCGCAGUUCAUUCGACAAGGGCAUGGCCGCCGGACCCCAGUUAUGGUGUCACGAGUACGCACCCACUUGUUGGCAAGAGGUCUUGGAACCACAGGGGAAAGCUUUGCAUGACUGGCUAAGCAAUCUGAAGGUGCAUCAGGUCCAGACUGGCAAGUUACAAUCGAAGGCAAAGCCUCCGACUCCUAAAAAGCGACGCAAGAGGAAAUCAGAUGAGAUGGACGACUUCAUUGCAUAUUCGGACGACGAUGAUGCUCGUUCGACCGCGAACGGAAAGAAUGCAAUCCUACUGGUGGGCCCUUCAGGCUCGGGCAAAACCGCUUCCGUCUUUGCGGUUGCGCAACAAUUAGGGUUCGAGGUGUUUGAGAUCCAUCCAGGUAUGCGACGAAGUGCAAAAGAUAUCCAGGACAAGGUAGGCGACAUGACACAGAACCACCUGGUUCAACACUCGGACACCCCUAGUCGAAGAUCAAGCAUCUCAGUCGAUGACAGAGACACAGUCUCUACUACUCCUGGGCUUUUAGAAAACCCCAACACUAUCGCAAAUCUCAUGGGUCCCGGCAAAGGUGGCAAACAGUCUAAAAUUUCAGAAAGGAGGGAGGGCAAAGAACCCAAGACCAAAUCACAGAAGCAAUCUCUCGUCUUGUUUGAAGAGGUCGACAUUCUGUUUGAGGAGGACAAAGGCUUCUGGAGUGGUGUCCAGUCACUUAUCAGGACCUCAAAGCGGCCGGUCAUCCUCACUUGCAACAGUGUCGACUCCGUUCCGCUGGCCGAACUAGAUCUCUUUGCCGUCUUGCACUAUGGCUGUCCUGAACAGGGACCAGCUGUACAGCUUCUGGGAUCCAUAUGUGCGGCUGAAGGACAUCUUCUAAGCAAGGAAAGCUUGCAGAACCUCUACCUCACCAAAGGCCGGGAUCUCCGUGCGUCAAUCAUGGAGCUGAAUCUGUGGUGCCAGAUGACGGUUGGAUCGCAGCAGGGAGGUCUGGAUUGGAUGCUCCCGUACCAUGACAGGAUCAAGCCCAAGCCAGAUGGCUCGGUGACGCGAAUUGUCAGCCAAGAUACGUUUAUCAGUGGUCUUGAUUUACUGCCUGCGGACUUUAUCGAACCAGAAGGCCUGAUCCAAUUCUCUCAGGACAGUUUGAGCAUUCGGGCAGUGGAUUGGGUCCGGAACGAUGUGUGCCCAGGCAGCCCCGAGUCGGACCGUCUCUCAACGCUGAACGACAUGCUGAUCCUUUCUGAGGCGAGAAGCGCGAUGGAUUUGAUCGAUGACACAGCAACACCGAUGGUGGCAAGCGCAUUAUGGAAACUAUCCAACCCUGCUGCUGCCCCAAGCGCCUACACAUCCCAAAGAAACGAGGUCGUCCGUCUAUACCUCGGUGAGCUCAACGAGUCCCAGCUCCUUCAAUCAUCGAUAUGCAAAGCAUUCGAGCCCCUUCUAGAAGAAUCCCGUAUCGGCCUACCCAGCUCUCCAGGGCGUAAAGCGCCCUCGCUGGAUAAUCCAUCCGCCAGCUCACUCGUGACAGAAGUUGCCCCCUACAUCCGCUACAUCGUGUCACAUGAUCAGCGACUUCAACAAAUGCGAAACGAGUUGCACGGUGCAAGUCAGCACGGGAUAAAGAGACAGCGACGUACUAGGGCAGCGAGGGCAGCUUUAGAGGGUGGGACCAAGGAUACAGUAAGAAGAGACAAGUGGUUUCCAGAAGAGUUGGAUUGGGGUGCAGUGAUGAGGACGGGGAACGAGUGGCCUCAAACUAAGGACGUGGAGAUAUGGGACAGCUCUGAGACUCAAACGCCUUCCUCGUCGAUAGGAAUGGAAGUGGAAGCUGACGAGCCUCCAUUGCGGAAGUACUGAAACUCACGCAUCUGGGAACUGACGGUCCGCGCACAUCGACUUCAGGACAGAGGAGUCAACAUUUCUGGUCUCUUGAACGCGAGAAGCAUAAAAUACCUUUGAUCUCAAGCGAGCUGGGUUCUGAGGAGACUCCCAAAGGGGAAACAUGUGAUAUUAUGAGGCUGGCCAGAUAUGCAGCAUUCGCAUCAGCAUUGCAAUACAUUAAACGACAAAUAAGCUACGCAAAAUGAUGAAG